AUGGAAGGGAAGCCCGAAGGGAAGCCCGAAGGGAAGCCCGGCCGGGAGAAGAGAAAUUCCGUCGCUGGAGAAGUCCUCCUGAAGGAGCGCCUGGAGACGCCGCUCGGCCGCGCCUCAUCACAUCAUGAGUUAGAUGCAGACAUCCGGGGCGCCAACUUCGUCAUCGUUCGCCGCGAAGCGCUGCGCUUUGCUACAGCUUUUCCACAUCAGCUAAAGAUAUACUGUCCCUGGCAUCCAUAA